AUACAUAUUGUCUCGUAUUAUUACAAAACAGAGAAAAGUACUGAAGCCAGAUUCAGACCCUCUCCUCUCCUCCUCGAUCAGUGUGGUCAGUGUUGGUUGAAAGAGAAGCACAAACCACUGUAAGAGAAUCUCACCCGAGACUGUUUCUAGCAGCCGAGAUUUGACGGCUGUGAUUCACGUCCCCACCAUAAAAGAUUAAAAGCCAUAAGACCCCCAAAUCCACAUCAUCUUCACCGUUCAAGUCUUCUAGUCUUUCUUGUGUUCACAAUGGAGUGCUGAAAACCUGGACUACUGAAAGGGUUUCUAUUCUUUUCUCAAGGGUCUACCCAGGUUUGAUUUUUCUGGGUUUUGAUGCUUGAAGAAGGCUGAUGGUGUAAAGGUGUUAAUCUGGAGAAAUUUGGGGAAUAGAUAAUAUUGAAGCAUAUCGGUCAGAAGAUAUUGGGUUUUGGUGUUGGGAGUUGUAGUUGUAAUCUCAAUGGUCAUGGAUCAAUCAUUGAGUGGAUUUUAUGGUUCUAGUAAUGAGUUGUUGAAAUUCAGGGAUCAAGCUCUUUCGGACUCAAUGAAUAAGAAACUAGAUAGUGGAUUCAGGAAUGGUAGUGGUUCAAAUAAGGUACUCGGACAUAAGUAUGCUACUACAGUCCAAGUGCCUCCCACUCAAAUUCCUACUAAUUCUGCACUGCCAUUGAGCAUGAUCCCAGAUGGGGAUUCGAACGAAGAUUGUGAUUUCAGUGAUGUGGUUCUCAAGUACAUUAGCCAGAUGCUUAUGGAAGAAGAUAUGGAAGAAAAAACUUGCAUGUAUCAGGAGUCUGCAGCUCUUCAUUCUGCAGAGCAAUCUUUUUAUGAGCUUAUUGGAGAGAAGCAUCAUCUACCUCCUGAUUUGACUCCUACUGCUGAUCAGAACCAUGGAAGCCCAGAUGAAAGCCAUUCUUUACAUUCCAGCUGUUGUAGUACUACCUCUACCAGUACUAGUAGUAGCAUUAGGGAUUGUGAUUUGCUUGAGUUUAAGUAUCUGAAUGUUGCUUCUCAGUCAACUUCUCAGUCAUCCCAUGCUUCAUCUAAUGGAACCGGUAAUUUUGUAGAUGGGUUUGUGGAAUCUCCUGUGAGCACUCUCAGGGUUCCUGACUUUUUUAAUGAGACUGAUUCAAUUUUGCAAUUUCAGAAAGGGUUUGAGGAAGCGAGUAAGUUUCUUCCAAAUGGUAACAGCCUAAUUGUGGAUUUGGAGAGCAACACACCGUUGCUUAAAGAGUUGAACACAGAGGCUACAGAUAUGACAGCUAAGGUAGACAAGAAGAAUAACCGUGAGUACCCUUCUGCUGGGUCAAGGGGAAAGAAGCAUCCUUAUCAUGACGAUGAAAUUUUAGAAGGGGAGAGGAGUAACAAGCAAUCAUCAGUCUCUACUGAAUCAGCUGUGAGUCCGGAAAUGUUUGACAUGGUUUUGCUCAACUGUGGACAAAGUGAAUCUGCUCUUCGAGAAGCUUUGCAGAAUGGAACAAAAAAGAACAUACCACAGAGUGGUCAGUCAAAGGGGCCAAGUGGUGGCAAAUCCCGUGGGAAGAAGCAGGGAGGUAAAAAGGAUGUGGUGGAUUUGAGAACCCUCUUGACAGUAUGUGCACAAGCUAUUGCAGCUGGUGAUGAGAGAACUGGCAAUGAGUUACUUAAGCGGAUCAGACUGCAUGCUUCUCCUGAGGGAGAUGGGAUGCAAAGAAUGGCUUGCUAUUUUGCUGAUGGUCUUGAGGCACGAAUGGCUGGAUCUGGUACUCAGAUUUACAGAGCCCUCAUAGCCAAGCCAACAUCUGCAGCAGAUAUCUUGAAGGCUUACCAUCUAUUUCUUGCCGCUUGUCCAUUCAGGAAGCUAUCAAAUUUCUUUUCAAACAAGACAAUAAUGAAUGUAUCCGAGAAAGCAACAAGCCUCCACAUAAUUGAUUUCGGUAUUAUGUAUGGUUUUCAAUGGCCUUGCCUCAUUCAACGCCUCUCAUCUAGGCUCGGUGGACCUCCAAAGCUCCGAAUUACGGGGAUUGAUUUUCCAAAUCCAGGUUUCCGACCAGCAGAAAGGGUUGAGGAGACAGGACGGCGCUUGGCAAACUAUGCAAAAACUUUUAAAGUUCCAUUUGAGUUCAAUGCCAUAGCACAAAAGUGGGACACCAUUCAAAUUGAGGAUCUUAAACUCGAUCGUGAUGAUGUGCUUGUUGUGAAUAGUUGUUACAGACUUAGAAACCUACUUGAUGAGACUGUGGUGGUAGACAGUCCAAGAGAUAUUGUCCUGAACCUGAUAAGGAAGAUGAAUCCAGAUGUCUACAUUUUGGGAGUUGUAAAUGGAGCCUACAGUGCACCCUUCUUUCUUUCAAGAUUUCGCGAGGCUCUCUUCCACUUCUCUACAAUAUUUGACAUGCUUGACAUGUGUGUGCCCCGUGAUAUUCCAGAGCGAAUGUUGAUUGAGAGGGAGAUAUUUGGCCGGGAGGCAAUGAAUGUCAUCGCAUGUGAGGGUUCAGAGAGGAUUGAAAGACCAGAUACAUACAAGCAGUGGCAGGUGAGGAAUCGGAGGGCUGGUUUUACACAACUUCCUUUGAACCAGGAGAUCAUGGACAUAGCAAAGGACAGAUUGCAUACAUACUACCACAAGGAUUUCGUAAUUGAUGAAGAUAGCCGGUGGCUCUUGCAGGGAUGGAAAGGACGCAUUGUGUAUGCACUUUCUUCUUGGAGGGCUGCUUAUUAGAUUGUCCUAGUUCAUCAGAGGGCAGCACGUUUAUGUUUAUGGCUUGUUGGAGGACUUGCUGCCUUGUCUAGCUUGAGCCACAUGAGUAUGUCAUGGACUUUUAAUAUAUGAAGCUAAGGUAACUAUUUUGAUCAAAAUUCAAGAUUACAUCACUGUCAUUUAGGUAUUCAACUAUAAAGCAUGUGGGUUAUCAUAUUGCCAAUGAUAUGCUAUUUUGCUGCGCGGGUAAAAUGGAAUCAGAAUUUUGGUAGGCAUUACUUCUCUUUGAACUACGACUAGUAUUUCCUGUCAGUUCAGUAGAAAAGGGAUCCCAAAUGAUAUAUUUAUUUUCUUUGAUGGACUUGGGCCAAGGCCAGACCCUGUGAGGCUGUGACACAACAAUGGAACAGGACCUCUGCAACCAGUACAUGUCCUCUUGGGUUCCCAGACCUGAAAUCCAGACUGACCAUAAGAAGCUGGAUCGAAGAAGCCAGAUUGCGUUAGCUACAACCAUGAUUGUGAUUAUACAAGUUUAUCUCUGGGACCUGAAUGACCCGAUGAUUUUGGUGUGUACAGUAUGGGAGAAAACAUAGUGUACUUCAAAGCCUUACUCCACACAUGCUAUGACCUUACUGAAGAUGACGAAUCAACCUUUGAUCUAGUUUAUACACACUUUUCAUCUGUAAAAGACCUAAGCAUUUUGUUAAAUUCAAUGUGUUUGAUAUGGGAAUUCAAGGUUUAUGCGACUAUUAUAUAUGCUUACAAUCUUUCUUCUAAUCAAACCAACCUUUUACUCC